AUGCCCAGCCUGCAAUCCCAGAUGACCUCCUAUGCUUCUGAUGGCAACUUGUAUGGCGACGACUCCUUGCUCAAUGGCGGAGACCAUUUCUCCGAGGUGGCUGAAGACGCGCAUGAGUACAACGACUCGGAGUGGGAGAUGGAUGACAUACCUGAAUCCCCAUCCAAAGACUACAUGGCAGUACACAUACAUUUCAAGACCUUUGAGGAGAUACCCCCAAAGACCUUUUGCGCUGCCAACAAGCAGUCGUUCAGUGCAACAGGCAAAGGUGAGAUGGUGAUCGACAUACCUGAUGGUGUCGAAUCCUCGCAACUGUGGCUCAUGGAGGUCCUAUACUCUCCAGAAGUGGGCUAUACUCUUGGUUCCAUUGGCCAUCUCGGCGAAAAGGGUUUUUCAGUGACGUUUGGCAGCAGGAAAUGUGUUAUACGUGGUCCAGAAGGCAAAAUUGCCCAGAAGCUCAUCAACUACAAAUUUGUGACAGGCGUGCACUUGGAGCACAUGAUGUCUGGCAAGCCAUUCUUCUGUGAGUCAUGUGUGUAUGCAAAGGCAACGCGCAAGUUGAUUCUGAAGGAGCGAGAGGGCAAGUGUGCAGCGGAGUUCAGUGGUGAGGUGCACAGUGAUCUGUGGGGACCAGCACCUGUCAAAUCAAAGGGCGGAAAAUGUUACUACAUCACGUUUACCGAUGACAAGACACACUUGACGAACCUUUUCCUCCUAUGCAAGAAGGACGAGGCCUUUGCAGCCUACAGGGACUACGAGGCUUGGUGCGACACCCAACUCAACACCUGCGUCAAGGUUCUUCACUCAGAUCGAGGGGGAGAAUACCUAGGCAAGGAAUUCAUCCUCCACCUCAAAUCCAAGGGCACUGAGUGGAAGCUCACCAUGCAUGACACACCCCAGCACAACGGAGUUGCCAAACGAUGCAACUGCACGAUCGCAGAAUGCAUUUGGGCUCUGCUGCACUUGAGUGGCCUUCUGAAAUCCCUUUGGGGCGAAGCCGCGUGA